AUGAGGAACAGGGCAACGACACCUUUGAGCAAGGCUAAAAUUCGACAAUCAUGGAGCAAAUACAACUUAUAUAACCUACACCGAUUCCGCCCCCCCCCAACCUCCAGCAGAACAUUUUUCCAGCAGAAAUGGACCGCCAAAUCCACAGCCCGAUCUUACCACGGCGAGCAAAUACGUGAGUCUCAAUGGACUCGAAUGUUCUCUCGCCGACUGGCCAGUGUCGUCCCUAUGAACCCGCAACAGCUUGCCAGUGAUGACGGAUCAAUCAUUUCCGCCGGUCGAGGUUCCGGCUUAGAGAGCGAAGGGAGAAAAUUUACGCCGAAACGCACGCCGUAUACGAAUAUGACUUUUGCGCCGUUGGAGCGACGGUUGGAUGUUGCUAUAUUCAGAGCUAUGUUCGCUAGUAGUACGAGACAGGCAAGGCAGUUUGUGGUUCAUGGUGCUGUUACUGUGAAUGGGAAGCAGAUGCAAUUCCCUGGUUAUCUCCUCAACCCCGGGGAUCUCUUCCAAGUCGAACCUGAGCGGGUCAUGUACGCCACAGGUGCGCCGAAGAAUAAACUCGAACGUCGUGAGGCCCGUGUAGCGAAAAGAGCAGAAACGAAAAAUGACGAGACCGAGGCUGAGAACUCCGAGGAAUCAAGCGAAACAAAAGCAGCGGAGGAAUCCAAGGAAGUGCAGAGUCCCAAGGAAACAUUACAACGUCUUCUUGCUCAGGCCAAGACCAUCAUGUCUCGUGAGAAGGACGUCCUCCCUGCGAAGAAAAAACAAGAGCUCCGUGGAUUCCAGAAAGUCGUCCGUAGUGUCCUCUCCAAAUCCGCCACCAGCACCAUUCUCGCGGAUAACCUCGAGUCGCAAUUCUCCGAGCUGCUCGGUCUCUUGAAAGCGAAGAAAGCCGAGCCUGGUACUUCCCGCCGCAAUAAAAAGGAUACCGAAGCCAAGAGCGACAAUGCCGUCGCCGAAGAAAUUACCAGCGGCCUCAGUGAGGAAUUGAAGGAUGCCUUCAGGCAGGCCGCCGAGAACCCAGACUCAGUCGACGCCUCCGAACUUAGCGAAGACGAAGUCGAAAUCCUCAAACAGGCCAUUGCUCAAAUGCGCGACAACCCCAUCGACACCAGCAAGCCUUAUGCAACGCCCUGGCGGCCUCGCGACUUUAUGAACGCUUUUGCAUUUAUUCCUCGAUACUUGGAGGUCAACCACAAGAUUUGCGCGGCUGUCUAUUUGCGACACCCUGUUGCGCGACCGGGAUUCUCGGAGGUGCCCAGUCCGUUUGGCGAGAGUAUCCAGACACCUGCUUUUGCCUGGUACCUUCGCAGGCGGUAG